AUGGUUUUGUCGGUCGGUCGUGGUUGCGGUCACGUAAUUUAUGGUCGUAGGCUACGUCGGCUAAAAGAUAGCCACUUUGUGGCCAUGUCCAAGACCCUUUACAACGUCAUCACACUCGCUUCGCUUGCUAGCCUUCUUCAUUGCGCUUAUUCAGCUGCUCAGCAUCGUUCGUACCUUCGAUUGACUGAACAACCUUUUAUCUCAUUGCCUGCAGACGUACUAGCUCAGACGAUCAUCUCCCUUAUUGCGCUCAUCUACGGCGCUACACACGUCGCCGGAGCAUUCCAGCACAUCAAAAGCGAUCCGGUGAGUGUCAUCUGUACUUUACGCAUCUGCUUUGGUGAUAUAUAAUA